UUUCAACUCCAAUAGAUAGAUUGAUAACUUGAUUUAGCAUGUAACAUGAUAUCAAGCAUAUAAUACAAUAUCAGUAGCUGUCAUGUACCCAGCAUCAACAUCAAUGGGGACCAUCAAGGGAGCCUUGAGCUUUCUUGAGCAUCUGAAUACUGAGGAACUCAAUCAGUUUUACAAUGACUCCAGGAUUGAAGACUUGGUGAAGGACAUACCCCAGGUUAAGAACUUAGAAAGCGAGAAAGAAGUUCUGAUGGCCAGCAACAAGUCACUUGCUGAGUUCAACCUAAAACAUGAACUUCCACUAGGCAUGGCAAGGGAGCGGCUCAUUUCCAAGAGUGAAAAAGCUCAAGAACUCCUUUCUAGGGUGGAAAGGAAAAAGGUUGAACUUGAGAGUCUAUCUGAAGGGCAGUCUUUGGACACAAUACAUGCUCUCAUGCAAGCAGCUGCUUCUGAAGCUGAUGGAAAGAGCGAAGACCUGGUGGAGAAGUUUCUAGAUGGUUCUAUGGAUGUUGAGACCUUCCUAGAGAAAUACCCAGAAGUCAGAAAAAUGGCUCAUCUUCGAAAAGUCAGGGCUGACAAAAUGGGAGAACUGCUGGCCCAGCAAGAGGGAAAUCGAAGAUACUCCUCAUCCUUGCCAGGUGCAUUUGCGAAUAUGAAUGUGCUAAGCAGUGCCUCACCUCCUUAUCCCUUGCCUGGGAGUGUACCCUAUCCUCUGAACCCAACUAUGCCAAUGCCUGCAAUGCCAUAUGUAACUCACAGAUGAACACUAUAUUUCAUUUUGAAGGAUUUCCAUUUUACAUGUUGAUAUUGCUAUAAAUGGUUGCCAUUUCACUGCUGG